AUGUCGCUUUUUCGUUUUGCUUUGCAGAAGGCCCUCCCUCCCACAUUGCUGAGCAAAAUGAAUGUGACGGACGUCUGUGAGUUACUGGCCGCUAUUGCUGAUCUUCCAACCUCUAAUUGCACCAUGUACCAAUCACGAAUGCGGCAACAGAACAUCACCGGUCUGGUGCUAUCGGUCUGUGACCUUGAGAAACUGCGUACAGAGAUGCAAAUGAACUUUGGAGAUUGGCAGCUCUUCCGCACCCUAGUUCUCUACCUUCGCCAAUUAGAAGGUGCCAACUUGCUUAGCUCUGCUGCCAACGGAAGCGGUAGGCCUACUCGUCACAGCGAGACCAGAAGCCCCGGUGGAAACACUUCUAGCCAGCUGGAAACCUCCCUCCAGCUCCCUGAAAUGACUGUGGUCUACCCGUACGCCCACAUGACCGGGUCAAAUUGCCAACAGCCCCUACCGAGGCAGUAUGCUGGACAAAGCCCGCCCCAGAAGAACGUCUUUGAUGUGCCUGUCUUUGUGCAACACUGUACUGCCGCCUCCAUAGCACCGAAUGCUCGACCACGGAGCCGACUGAAUGCCGUGUCUGCCCCGUGCACUGCCGAACGCACCAUCAGUGACUUC